CAUUCACGACCACAACGACAACAAUUGUAAUUCCCCGAUUAUCUUCGAAAACAAAAAUCGAUUUUCUUUUAAAUCGUCUCACUGACGUUCUUUUUUUUCUGUCGCCAACAAAAAAUGUUUUUUUUAUUUUUUUAAAAAUCGCCGAAACGAAACCGAAACGUGACGAAUGGGGAAGCCGGAAUGAGAGGAGGCUCGCGUCUGAGGGAUGUUGAAAUUAUUUCUGCUUCACUUCGAAAAGUGAUUACCUCAGAGAACUCCGACGAAACUCCGACAUUCAACGAAACGACCACCGCGUUAAAGUGUCGUAGUCCGCGCGUGUGGACGAUGUCUCGGCUUCGCGGGUCUGUUUUAUGUUUAGUUAUUGCGGCAGUAGCGCCGUGAGGCCUAGUCGACACGAGUGGACACCGGUCUCGGCUAGUUGCCAUGCCGGGCUUGAGGGUGUUCGGCCGGCGCUGGGGGGUGGCAAGCGACGACCUCGUCUUCCCGGGCUCCUGCGAGUUCUUCGUGCGAGCGAUAUGGUGGAUCGUGAUGCUGGUGCUGUAUACGGGGCAGCGCACGGAGCUCAGCCACUGCGAGGGGGGAGCCACACUCAGCACCUUCCUGCUCGGCAACAUCAUCAUUCUCCUGGCCGUGCUGCUCGUGCUUGCGUGCGUCGUGUACACCAGCAUGCAGGGAACCAUCGGCCUCCCGUACAAGCGGCGACGCAUGCCGAACCUGGUGUACGCACGCACGCUGCUCUACGCACCCGAGCUCGUGUGGACGGUGCUGGGCUCCGCGUGGAGCGUGCGGUUGCGGUCUGUCGCCGACUGCGGCGACGAAGCGCUCACCGCCAUGAAGGGAGCCGUCGCCACCAGCUGGAUCAUCAUGCUGGCCACGCUGGUCACAGUGGCGCUGGCGUUUGACCCGCUGGGUGGCCACAGCGAGGCAAGCGGCGGCGGUGGCGAUGGCGGUGGCGCCGACUCAAUGCGGCUGUUGUGCGCAGCGCGUGGCACGGCGCGGCGCGUGUGGGAGACGCGCAUGCGGCUCCUGUGCUGUUGGCUCGGGGAUGAGGACCACGGCGGGGCCUUCUCCGAGAUCGCGCGCGUGCUCAGCGACUUCUUCUUGGACACGGACCUCGUAGCCAGCGACAUCGCGGCAGGGCUGUCCCUGCUUCACCAGCAGCAGGACCGGCAGGGCCCACGUGAGGUCAUCACUGAGGGGCCUCUCUCGCUCAUAGCCCACCCGCAGGAGAGCCUGAAUGUGGAGCUGGACAGCGCCGCUCACUACGCAAAGUUUGCGUGGGCGGCCUACGGUUGGCCCAUGUAUGUCCUACAGAAUCCACUCUCCGGCCUCUCCGUGUUCUUCGAGAACUGCAGCUGUAGGCGUGGAGGACAGCAGAGCGCCGAGUAUUCGUUGGUCGGCGGUGGCGAUGGCGAUGGCGGUGACGGUCGCCACGUCGCGACUGUGCUGCGCGUCACGGGCCUCGGCAGGAACGACCUCAUCCACGUCAGCUUCCACAACGCGGUUUACCAGAUCCCGUUCUUCGUGGCGCUCGAUCACGACACGCAGGCGGUGGUGGUGUCCGUGCGGGGCACGCUGUCGCUGAGGGACGUCUUGACGGAUCUCUCGGCCGACUGCGAGAGCAUGCAAGUGGACGGCCUACAGCAAGACUGCUACGCUCACAAGGGCAUGAUUCAAGCGGCCACAUUCAUUCACCAGAGAUUGGUCAACGACGGCAUCCUGAAUGAAGCGUUUCAGCAGGCACAGGAUUACCACCUGGUCGUGACGGGGCACAGCAUGGGCGGCGGGGUGGCGGUCCUGCUCUCCAUCCUGCUGCGGUGCGCCUACCCCCGGCUGAGGUGCUAUGCCUUCUCACCACCUGGCGGACUUCUCAGUCAAACACUGGCUCACUACACCCGCGAGUUCGUCCUUUCGGUAGUCGUGGGCAAGGACGUGGUGGCCAGACUCAGCCUGUCGAACAUGGAGGACCUCAAGCAGAGCAUCAUUCAGAUUAUCUCUGCCAGCAAUCGGCCGAAGUACCAGAUCCUGCUGCUCGGCUGCUGCUACGAGGUAUGCGGCGUGAGCUCGGGCACGGCGGACGAGGAGUCGGAGGUGCAGCGCACGAGCCUGCUGCAGCCGCUGCUGUCCACCGGCGACCUCAGCGAGGACCAGCAGCCCAUGGUGUGCACGGCGUGGGUGCCGCCGCCCGACUUCACGCUCUCGCUGGCGCUUUCCUCCGGGACCGACCUGGCUGACGGGCCGCCGGCUUCGGUGUCGCUGGCGGGCGAGGCGUCGCUCAUCGCCCAGCAGCAGCCGCUCUUCCUGCCCGGACGCAUCCUGCACCUCGUCGACGACGAUGAGGGGAGGGGAGCGUCGACCGGCAGGAGUUGCUUCGGGGGAGCGCGGCGCUUCCACGCCCGCUGGGAGGACCCCUCGGCCUUCCGCACCCUCCUCAUCAGCCCGCGCAUGUUCACCGACCACACGCCGCACGCCAUCUCGCACGCUCUGCGCCAGCUCACCAGCCCCGCUCCCGACCACCGCCCCGCAGCGCCCAGCGGCAUCGCGUGACGACGGUCGGUGCCGCACGAUGAUCUGAGGAGUUUUGAGGUCCUCGAAGCGGUGGGUGGGGGAUAAACCUACGGCCAGCGGGCCGGAAGCGGGCCAAGGCUUCAUUUCAUACGGCCCAUGGUGGCCGUGGCCACAGCAGGUCAACCACUUGUAAACGGCCUGUGAACCCGUCGCUGCAAGAAUCUUGGUGUCAUCACCGGUGUUCCUGGAGUGGGAAUAUAAUCUCGCUGGCAACGGCACGAUGCUUCUGAUUUCCACGAUCUCGCUCACUUCUGUCACUGCAAUGGCCUCCUGAUGCUAGGCCGACGCGCGCGUUCGGUUCGCUGUUCUGUAAUCCCACCAGACGGCACCCCCGCGACAGGAUAAUUCUGUCCGUCUGCUUACGAACUGUGGCCUGACAUCUACACGUCCAUGAUAGGGUAAAGCAGGCGACGGCAUCGCAUUAGUGCGGUAAAGAUGAGCUGUGAUUAAUGUUUGCGUUAUUGUUGGAUGACUUCGAGGUGUGUGUGGGUGGUUAGCGUGUGUAUUCCUCCCGCGAAAGGCGUUCGAAAGUUCUCUUCGCUCCUUGGUAAGGAAAAACGGUUCCCCACCCCUGCCCUGUGCGUGCUUUAUGCGCGCAUAAAUCUUCCUGUCGAUCGCGCGUACACCAACACGUGGCAGCCCUUUGUCAGUCUGCGGCUGGACGCGCACUGACACGUCGCUUGGGUCGUGAGCGUUAUUUGACCUUACUUAACCACGCUUGGCAGUGGAUGUGAGGGCAUGAAGUUUGCUGCACUGCCCUCUACUGCCCAGCACAAAUCCUAGAACGCCUCUUAAGUACAACAGUCGCUCAUCCACGCGCCCUCUCGGCUCACUCCGCGUAGCUUACGAGUUUAUUUGAUCAGUAGGCCCUUUCUAUCACGUCCCAAAUUACCCUUCUCCAACGUCUUGCCCUAGGUGUAUCUUUAAGAUUGUAUGCGAAGCCCUUUGAGAUGUUUUGGCAUUCAACCACUGAAGAAAUGUAAAUGUUUAUUUUGUCGUCUUGUAGGACUGUCGUGCCAGACUGUCUGGCACGAGUUUGAACUUUGUUAAGUAUAAACACUGCUGAUAAAAGUGACUUUCAGGCACGCUUUUGAAGUCACUGCAGUGAUUUAUUGUAAAGUACAGGAACGGUGCCACGGGGUAAUGUCACCAGCGUGUUCGUGGAAAUUACUUUUGAGUGUUUUGUUUUUUCUCAUUAACUAAGAUUCAAAAUUGCACUGGACAGCGUGGAUCACGUAGUCCAGGUACUCAACUCAGUGAGUAACAAUCCAUCGAUUAAUUGAUUAACGUCAAAUUCGUAGGGCUCGCGAUACGUGCGUUGAAUGGCGUGCGUGAGAAUCAACGCUCGUCAAUUCACGCAAGAUUAUGUGCAAAAUGGAUGUUGCAUUUAGGCUUUUAAAUAAUAAUAUUUCUUUGGGAUUUGGGGGUUGCUGGGGAUCUAGCAUUCUUUGCCCAUCCCAAGUUGCGCUGAGGAGUUGGCGGUGGCUGGGCGUUCUCCUUGAGGUUCUGCAGCCCUUUGUGGCGGGCGGUGCUGUCCCCACAAUGCUGUCUACAAGGAUGUACAAAUAAUGAAGCAAACAACAACGUACAAGUCGGAUAGGGAAAAAAAAAUAUGCAAACUGAGACGGCGAAAAUGAUACGCGAAGAUAUUCUUCAGACUGAGAAAUCUUUCACUUCGACUGGAGGAGUAAUCCGAUGAGCUAUGAAGCUCUUUAUCAGCAGUGUCCAGUCGGGGCACGGGGUCAUAAAGUUCCAACAACAAUAGAAAACAACGAUAUGAGUGCAACGUAGAGAAAAGGCAAGCAAGUCACUAUAAAUAAAUGAAUUGAAAUGUAUUAAGUCUAAAUACAAACUGCGUAAUUACAUACAUUCCGGCCGAUAAAUUGCAGCUCCUGAAUUGCAUGUCUAGGGCAUGAAUCUACUGCCAUUGCUUGACCCCUACUAUCGACGCGAUGAGAGCUGCUUGUUCCUUGGUUGCAUCUUUCCGUUUGACGCGAGUCAUUGCUUUAGUGACGACGAUGUUGCACCACGACGCCAGUAAUCCGGAGGGCUGGCGGCAGAGGUUGCAUGCCAUCACGUCAGACGCCCAUCUGCAGCCCAACGUGGUGUGGUGCGGCGUGUGUGGGUGGCAAUACAGCGGGUGGGUUCCUGAAGAGCGAAGCCCGUUUGCCAAAAUACUCAAGCCGACCGACCAAUCGUCCAUUGCAGGAGAUUCCUGAAAGGAGUCGAGGGCUUGAGCGAGACGCUUUGGGGUAAAUAAAGAAUGAACAUUAUUACAACGAUUUAAAGCUUUCGUGACUGCAGGGAAUCAUCUUCUUUGUUCUUUCGGUAAAGUCACGUAGAAGGGAAAUAAUAACAUAAUAAAAAUAAAACAUUAAAUAACUUACACGACGUUUCGGCUACAACACAACCAAGCUUGGUGGUGUUUCAUUCUUCACCUGAGGACGGCUGCUUGCGUUGUAGCCGAAACGUCGUGAGAAUGAUUUUAUUAUAUUUUAUUUUUAUUAUUUUAUUAUUUCUCUUCUACGUGACUUUACCGAAAGAACCAAGAAGAUUAUUACAACGUUGUGCCAUCUGUCUCACGGCUAGCAGUGAAUGAUAAUUCAAGCGCUUGCAGUGGUUUUAUUUGAUAAUCAAAAUAACAUUAAUCGUCAUCUCACCUGGGUUAAUAAAGGACACGAAUCAGUCAAUAUGAUUACAAAUGCAUUGCACUUAUUGUACGUUUUUUUUUAAAUGUGCGUGUGUAUAAUAUAAAUGUUGUAUAUAUGUAUGUACAAUGCUCGUUUGCAAUUAUCGCCGCCAUGUGUGUUAUAUCGUGCGAAUGCGUCGAUGAUCUUUUCGCAAUUGUUGACCACUUUUCAGGGCCACUUUACAAGAUCGCUGCUUUACACAAAAUUUAAAUUACGAUUAUUUUAUCAAUCCUAUGAAUAUAACUUUUUUAAAAUCAGGAUGAGUGUCCCUGCGGUGAAGAGGACUCGUCCCGCAAUGUGGUUGGUAUGCCACAAGUAUAAAUAAUGGUGAAGAAUCGACUCCGGCCCAUCAUGCCUCCCCGGUGGGUAAAACAUUUUGAGAGAAUAAUCCCCAUCAUGGCAAUGCGGAAUUUCCACCACUAGGUCGGCUAUAAUUAGAAAUUACCACGAACUGGUAAACACUUUUACAGUAAAUUUGGCCAUUCACGUGAUCAUAAUCUUAAGCGGCCUUGAGUUAUUUGGGAAUGUCUCAAAAUCUUUUCCAUACCCCUUGUACCCGGAUUUAUGAUUUGCAAACUGUAUCUUCAACGUGGAUUACUUUACAUGUGGUCGAAUUUAAAUAUAAGGUUGUGAUUGAGGUCAAAUACCAUCUACAAAACGUUGCUUUAAUCUAUUGAUCAAUAACUGUUUGAUAGCCCAUGGAUCUCAUUGGGGUUUUCAAUCUCCAGACAAUGAUUGCACCCCUUUUUACGUGAAAAUAAAACUGGUUUGAAGCAACUAGUGUGCCUUAUCCAGCCCCGUAGAACUAGAUGCAUUUUAAAAGAUUUACUUCAAAAAACAGUGCAGGAAAUAACUCUCUUCAGCAGGUAAGUUAAUUGGUCGAAAAAAAGCUCGCUCAGAAUAGUUGCACAUAACCGGCUUUAGUUUCACGUGAAAAGGGCGGCUGACUCCUGGAGUAGUUGGGCACGAUUAAACUCAACUAAAAACUAAACCUUGUUUUACAUGGUAAGGCACAAUGAGUCUAUGUAGAGCAUUUUCAGAAGCGAGCUGGUCACGUGUGAUAGCUCAACCAAAUGCGGAGGGAAAAACUGGAGAACCUGGAGAAAAUCCACGCGACCGCAGGGAGAAUAAGAAAACUACAAAUAUACAGCAGCAGGCCUCAGGGUUGGGAUCGAACCCACGACCUCCUGUAUACCCGGCGAGGUAGUUAAGUUCUCUCCACCGCGGCGCCCAGAUUCGCAACCGGCCAAUUGCAGUGCCUCAGGAGGACCACCGUGAGCUCGCCAGGCCUAAGUGACCCACCACCAACUUGUAAAUCACAUUCCAUGUGCCCCGUCGCCUACCGCAUUCUCCGGAAUAUUAUAACACCGUACGGAAAGUAAGACUCGCGCCCGUACUUGUGCCCGCUGUCAAAUAAAGUUAUACAAUUCA